AUGAAUCCGUUAGAAAAUACAGCCGAUCUGCUUAAGAAACAGGUGGAUCGUUCUAAAUCCAUUCUCAGAGAAAGUAAAGAUGAAAUCAUCUUACUUUUAAAUUGGUCAUGGCCAAUUUUAAUUGCCAAUAUAUUAAAUAAUGUUGCUUAUUUAAUUAUAAAUAUGGUGUUUGUUGGUCAUGUCGGAGAACAACAACUCGCCGGUGUAGCACUUGGAAAUACUUUUACAUUCGCAACAUCUGCCAUUGCCAUUGGUGCUCUCAAUGCCAUGGAUACACUGAUCAGUCAGUCCUUUGGUGCCAAGAACUAUACGUUAAUCAGUCUGACCGUGCAACACGCCAUGAUCAUCUCCUUUGGUUGCUGCGUCUUUGUCAAUGCUAUAUGGCUCGCAACCAAACCCAUCCUGUUGGUGCUUCACCAAGACCCUGUGGUUUCAGAGUAUGCACGUCAAUACGUCUAUGGAAUGAUUCCAGGACUCUAUUUCGGAACGUUCCUCACAAUUCUCCAGAAAUACUUGCAAGCUCAAGGCAUUAUGAAACCAUCGAUCAUUGUCGGUGUCGUCCUCAACAUUUUCAAUGCCAUUCUCAAUUUCUUUUUGGUACACGGCUUUGGUUUGUACGAAGGAAUGGGUGUUGUCGGUAGUGCACUCUCGACAAGCAUUGCCAAGUUUGCAGCAUGCGUCUCGCUGCUUGUAUACAUUAUCGUUUUCAAGCUCUACAAACAGCCCAUCAGAACUUGGUAUGGAUUCUCCAGAGAAUCAUUACGGUGGCAACCGAUCAAGGAGUUCCUCACCCUCGGUAUUCCAGCCGGUCUACAAAUGGCGUUCGAAGGUUGUGGAUUCGAAAUCCUUACGAUUCUGGCUGGUCUUUUCGAUGCCGUCAGUUUGGCGGCGCACUCGAUCGCAAUGAACUUCACGCUGCUCACAUUCAUGAUGCCAUUCUCACUCUCGAUUGCACUCUCAGUGAGAAUCGGACAACUCCUUGGAGCUCGUCAACCUGACGCAGCCAAGCGAGCCACUCGUAUCAGUCUUGGAAUGGCUAUAUGUACGAUGCUGGUGGUAUCGAUCAUUCAAUUGUCCGCGCGAAAGUACAUUGGAUCGAUCUACUCUGAGGAUCAACAGGUGCGAUUACUCGUCUCAAAGAUCCUUCCAAUCUCUGCGUUGUAUCAAAUGUUUGACGGAUAUCAAACGAUGUGUCAAGGAGUGAUAAGAGGUAUCGGAAGAAACCACAUCGGUGCCAUUGCCAAUUUCGUUGCAUUCUACGUGAUUGGUUUGCCAUUCUCCUGUGUGUUUGCAUUCGUAAUCAUGCACAAGGUGUAUGGACUAUGGUGGGGUCUAUGCAUUGGAUUGGCAACGGCAGCACUCUCGCUCGGUUUCUACGUGGCCAGAAUCAAUUGGCACGAGGAAAUGAAGAAGGCACUCGAGAGAACGGGAUCCAGUGAAGAGUCAUCCGUUGAGGAGGGAGAAGCAGGCGAUCUCAUCAAGAGACGAACAGCAACCGGCGAACACAAAGAGUCAUCCGAUGAAGACGAUUCAUCAUCCACCGCAACCAACACAAUCAGCGACGACAAAGUAUUGCUUGGUAGCAGUGUCAAUGACUUGAAACGAUCGAUCGCAUUAGAAGAAUAUCAUGAUAAUGAGUCAACAAAUGCCGAUUUAUCAAUCAACAACAACAACAACUCAAUUAACAACAUAGUUUUAACCUCAAACUUUGAUCAAUCAACCGAUAAUGAUGACGACGAAGAUGAAGAUUUAUUAUAA